UUGUACACGUACUCUAUCGCCAUCGAUGACUACGGCAGGCCUAUCGGUGCCGGUACGGAUACACCGUCAUGGCUACAGCCGAUGUCCCCUCCCCUCCCUUACCCGUCGAGCAGUCGCGCGCGCCUCUUUUUUCGCCCGUUUGGCGCACUUGCAAAAGAACCUUCCAUUCCGUGUAAUUAUACGCACCGCCCAGCACUAAAGACAGGUUGCCGUUGACUCAAGAUGGCCUAGCUCGAGUCGCUCAAGAUAGAAUCUCCAAAAACCCCUACCCUUAGUGCUCCGACAUCGUCAUUGUCGUCGGAGACGCCCACUGGGCUGGACUGGACGGCAACAAGCCCCCUUCGCCCCUUCGGCCCCUGAAGCUCACAGCCAGCACCCGCCGAAUUGGCAGUUCCCUUGCCCGCGCUGUCAGGAUAUUCCCUCCUUCGGAGCAGAGUCAAAUGUCAAUGUGCAGGUGUCAGAUCCAGCCUCUUCUUCGUCCGUUAUGUUUUGUCUUGGCGUUCCCAGCACGUCCCUUGCACUCGACACGGCAUCCUCGUCCCUCCCACUCCUCCAGCGGAAAGGUACAUGAAUACAUGAGCAUCCGGUCGCUCAAUCCGACCGACCAUUGACCCCUACUUGCAACGAUGUUCUUGGGCUUAUUUGGGAUGGCCCCUCGCUCUCUCGCGUCUUGUCGGCUCGAUUGGCUGUUGUUCACAUGUCUGGCCACGCCUUUGUCCAUUCUACGCAUCGACGGUUUGCUCCUACACUUUGUUGCCGUCACCCACCGCAUCGUGCUGCUGCUAGAGGCCAAUAACUGCCGCUCAUCUGGGAAGCGCUCGCGUCGACCGAGCUGCCACCUUUUCACACAACCACCACUACUCUACCUUCGUGAUCUGUCCCCCUUCCCCCCUGCAAGUCGCGUACAUACACCCCUUCCGGCCCCCCCCCCCCUCUCGCUGGGCCCUUUCUUGGUCUUCUGGGCUACUCGCGCUCUUCCUCCCAGUUCCUUGUCUCGAAAAGUCUUGUCCCUCACGCAGUUCCGCCCACCCCCAAGAAAAGCACGAGCACCACGACAUAUAGCAUUCGGCCGCAUUGCUAAGUAUGCCGUCUACGUCUCGGCUCGCCCUACUUGGGGCACCUUAAAUUCUUUCUUGGCCUGUUAGCCUGCACUUAGUCUGCCUUACGACCUCGCUGUUGCUCUUUUUGUUCCUCUGUCUCUCUGUCUCUCUGCUCAUUCCCAUUCCCACUGGCCCUCGUACCGAUGCCUAAUCGCCCUUCUCGUUCUAGCUUCCCCAUCCCCUCUGCGACGGUUUCGUAUUGUCCCCCCCCCAAGUCCCCUCACUGCUUGUCCCUAUCCGCUGCACUACACACGCCCCCCUCCUCCUGCUCCAGGGUAGUCUACGCUACCGCGUGAGAGAGCACCAACGGCAUCUGUACAGCAGCAGCACUACUACCACCACACCACCACCAGGGGCCCUGCCCACUGUUCGCCAGAUCGUGGCCUACCUACCUUACCUGCCCCGUGUGUCGAAUACGUACCGCGGUAUCUGUACCACUUGACCGCGCUACUGGGACUGCACCGUGCGGGACCGUAUUCCCCAUACCCUCGAGUCGUGUACUGACUGGCUGUCUCAACCACCCCCGGCCGAGACGCUACCUACCUACCCGCUACGUAAUCCAUCUCGCGCUCAGCUUUGCGCGAGACUUACACACACCUGUGUGUGGCCUGCACCGCACCGCACCGCACCGCACCCUGCUCGGCCUUUAAACAAGGGCCUUCCACACCCCCCCCUAGCUGCCCAGACGAGAGGCCCAGCAAGAAGGCAAAAGAUCCCCCGGCUCCUCGUCUCUGGUCCUCCCGUUUUUGUUUAAACUCAUCAUCCUCCUGUCCCCCGCGAAGUCUUGGCACACGUUUCGUUCUUCUCAUGUUCAAGACUUGAUCAGUCCGAAAAGCCGUUCCUAGCAUUGGGUUGGCUUAUCGGACAACGGCCCUUGUACACUCGAAUAUGCAAAGAGCCUGUCCUCCGUAACCGCGCACUUACACCGAGAACCGGGUGCUCGACCGAGCCAGUCCAACCAACCAGUUCACCACCCUCAACUCAUCUUUACUACCACCAAGUCACCAAGUCACCUCCCCAUCUUUCUCACUCUCACUCUCACCCUCUCUCUCACACACUCACACACUCUCUCGCCGUCCCUUCUCCUCACUCGGCAGCGCAAUGAGUCCUCCAUCCCGGCCCGUCAAGGCCGACAACUCGCCCCCGGACUCCAACAUGUCGGACAACGAGUCGGCUGCGCCGUCUACCAACGGCUGGCCUGUCAAAGAACCGCCGUCACCGAGUGGCAGCGCUCACUCCGGCUCCGAUAUGGACGAGAAGCCCGGUGAAGCCGGCACCAACGUCCCCGUGCAGAAGCGCCGGCGGGUGACCAGAGCCUGCGACGAAUGCAGACGCAAGAAGAUCAAGUGCGACGGCAAGCAGCCGUGCACCCACUGCUCCGUCUACAGCUACGAAUGCACAUAUGACAAACCCUCCAACCGGCGGAGGAAUCCGGCUCCUCAGUAUAUCGAGGCGCUGGAGAGCCGUCUGCAGCGUGCCGAAAGCCUGCUGCGCAAGUUCAUCCCGGACGUCGACCUGGCCGAUCCCACGCUGGAUCCUGCCGUCCAGCAGGAGUUCCGCAACAGGGAGCACGCCAGGAGCCAGACCUCCAAGCCGAGGCACGACCCGUUCGUCGUGCCCGAGAGGGGGGACGCCCAGCUGCUGUCCAUGAUCGAGUCCAUCGGCCAGCUGGACCUGGACGACAGGGGCGGCUGGGACUUCCAUGGCGUGUCGUCCGGCGCCGUCUUCCUGCGUCGCAUGAAGGAGCACUUCAGGGGCAUGAUGGGCCCCAUCACCAAAGUACCCUUCCUGCCGCGGCCGGACAGGCCUGCCGGUCUGAUCAACCUCGACUCUCCCGCAUCGGCCGCCAGCUCGCCCUUCGACUCGACCAUGUCCACAGCCCCUGAGCUCCCCCCGAAGGAGGUUGCCAGGAACCUCUGCUACCUCUCGCUGAACUGCGCGACCUGCCUGAUCCGCAUAGUCCACGUCCCCUCCUUUUACGAAAUGUUUGACAGAAUCUACGAAAAGCCCUACGAAGACUACUCCAAGGAAGAGCACCGGUUCCUGGGCCUUCUCAACGCCGUCAUGGCCCUGGGCUGCAUGUACCGCAACCUGGACGAGAACGCCCCUUCGGUGGCUUACAAGGAGUCGGUUGACGAAGGAAUGAAGUACUACGACACCGCCAGGCGGAUCCUGCAGGACAUCACCGAGUGCCGGGAUCUGACGUCGCUCCAGGCCCUGCUCUUUAUGAUUCUUUUCCUGCAAGCCACCUCGAACCUGAGCGGGUGCUACGCGUUUGUGGGGAUCGCGCUCCGGUCGGCCCUGCGCAUAGGCCUGCACAGGUUCCUGAAGCACGAGAAGAUUUCCAUCAUCGAGCAGGAGGUUCGGAAGCGGGUGUUCUGGGUCAUCCGGCAGAUGGACAUUUACGUCUCGGCCAUGCUCGGCUUCCCGCUGAUGCUCAACGCCGAGGACAUUGACCAGCCGUACCCGAGCGAGAUCGACGACGAGUACAUCACGGACGAGGGCAUCCUGACCCCUCCGCCAGGCACCUUUUCCUUCUUUGAAGCGUUCAACGCGCACACCCGUCUGAUGGAGAUCCUGGCCCGGAUCCUCAAGUUCGUCUACCCCCUGAAGGGGCUCGGCCAGAGCGUCAUGAAGGGCGACAAGCCAGGCGCGACGUACCUGAUCAGCUACGCCAACAUCAAGCGGAUCGAGGAGGAGCUGCAGGAGUGGUACGAGGUUCUGCCCGCCCAGUGGCGGCCCAGGCCCGACGGGCCCGUCGAGGUGAUCCGCGUUCGCCAUCUGCUGAGAUUCGCCUACGCCCACGUGCAGCUCGUCCUCUACCGCCCGUUCCUGCACUACGUCUCCCCCCGCCUGGGCGUCGGAAAGAAUAUUGACGACCUCUCGUACGCGUGUGCUGCGGCCUGCAUCAGCGUAUCGCGGAACAUUGUCCACAUUGGCAUCGAAAUCCGCAAACAGAACGUGCUGGCCGGGCCGUACUGGUUCAUGCUCUUCACCGAGUUCUUUGCCAUCCUGUCUCUCGUCUUCUACUCGAUAGAAAACCCCGAGAAGAUCGGCUCCGCGGAGGUGCUGGAAGACGCCAUUGCGGGCAGAGACAUGGUUGCCAAGCUGCAGUCCAAGAGCCAGGCCGCCGACAGAGUCACGGAGGCGCUCAACGUCUUGUUCGAGCAGUUGCCCGAGAGGCUCCAGGAGGCCAAGUCUCGGCCGAUCCCGACCAAGAAGCGAUCGGCGCCCGGGCAGAAGGCGAGCUCGGUACCCGUCCACGGACAUGCGGCCCUACAGCCGGGCGUCGGCCAACGCCGAUCCGAAGAGCUCAGCCGACCGCCCAGCGUGGUGAUGGCCAACGGGCGGAUGCACCAGCCGCCGCUCCGCACCUCGUUCGACGACGUGCCCAUCUCGGAGGCGGGGUACCAGAGCGCCUCCCUCGCGAGCAACAUCCAGGACCUGCUUGGCAUGGAUAUGUCCUCGCGGGCGACCCCGGACUCGGUCAGCACGUCGGCCAGCUCGAACCGGCCGACGCAGGGGUUCCCGCCGCCUCACAGCAUGACGCACCUCGGCAAGCUCGACUCGCUCAUGUUCCCGUCAGAGGAUCCGUUCGCGUACCCCAAUCAACCCAUGAUGGAACUGGGCUUCCAAAAGGGACCAGGGCCGAACAACGUCAGCGGCCCGCAGGAUCCGUCCACGUUCAUGAUGCCCGGCGCAUUCGACGACAUCGACACCCAGCUCCUCGGGCAGUCGCCCGCCUACUUCCUGCAAGGACAGGGCCACCACCACCAGCAACAGCAGCAGCAACAGCAGCAGCAGCAACAACAACAACAGCAGCAGUCCGGAUACGAUCUCGCGGGCAUGUACCAGCACCCGGGAUACCAGGGCAUGCCCGAUGCCGCGAGACUCGAGCACGCACGCCGGGCACAUAUGCAGCAGCGGCCCGGGGAGAUUGAACGGAUGCUUGCAGAGACGGGCUACCAAGGCAACUGGGCGGGGAUGCUCGCCAGGAACGGAUUUCAGGGCCUAUAGGCAGGCACAUUUCGCUUCAAGUGAUACCCAGCAUUUAUUUGGAGCCCUGCGAGCUCAGGGUGCGAUCUAUUUCGAGGGAGGGGGUUGGGUUUUAAAACAAGACAAGACAAGACGACGAGAGACGGCCGUAUCGGAUCAGGCGUUGCGGUCACACUUCACUUUGAUGGGGAUUUCGGGAGGUUUGCAUGGCAUCAUGUCGGUUGGAGGCUUACAAGAGGCCCGGGUUUUACUUUUUACCUUCAAGUCGUCAGCGUCGGGCGCGACGAACAUGUGCAUACUUAGGUGACGGUUGUCGAGAUAGCUAGCAUGUGUACCAAUUGGAUAUAGGAUUUGCC